GGAAGUACUAGUCCUCCUCCUCUUCCGCUGGAGAUUCAGCGUGUGUGUGGGAGCCAUCAGUGCGGCCAUGAGCGUCCCGGCUUUUAUCGAUGUGACCGAGGAGGAUCAGGCUGCCGAGCUCCGUGCCUACCUGAAAUCGAAAGGCGCUGAAAUCUCAGAGGAAAACUCAGAAGGCGGGCUGCACAUCGACCUGGCUCAGAUCAUCGAGGCAUGUGACAUUUGUUUGAAGGAAGACGAUAAAGAUGUUGAGAGUAUUAUGAAUAGUGUGGUUUCACUCCUCCUGAUAUUGGAGCCUGACAAGCAAGAACCUUUAAUUGAAAGCCUCUGUGAGAAGCUAGUCAAAUUUCGAGAAGGAGAAAGCCCAUCCUUAAGGCUGCAGCUGUUGAGCAAUCUUUUUCAUGGCAUGGAUAAGAGUACCCCUGUUAGGUACACGGUGUACUGUGCCCUCGUGAAGGUAGCAGCUACAUGUGGGGGAAUCAUUUACAUUCCAACAGAUCUUGAUCAGGUUCGGAAGUGGAUUUCUGACUGGAACCUUAACACAGAAAAGAAACACGUCCUUCUCAGGCUGCUUUAUGAAGCUCUCGUUGACUGCAAAAAGAGUGACGAUGCCGCAAAAGUAAUGGUGGAACUGUUGGGAAGUUACACUGACGAUAAUGCCUCUCAUGCCCGUCUGGAUGCUCACAAGUGCAUUGUAAGGGCACUGAAAGACCCCAAAACCUUCCUUCUGGAUCACCUCCUUGCCUUGAAACCAGUGAAAUUUUUGGAAGGAGAACUUAUUCAUGAUCUUUUGACAAUAUUUGUCAGUGCAAAAUUGUCGUCGUAUGUCAAGUUUUACGAAAACAACAAAGACUUCAUUGAUUCGCUAGGUUUGUCACAUGAGCAGAACUUGGAGAAAAUGAGACUUCUUACCUUCAUGGGUAUGGCUGUGGAGAACAAGGAGAUUUCCUUUGAUACAAUGCAGCAGGAGCUGCAGAUUGGGGCUGAUGAUGUGGAAGCAUUUGUAAUUGAUGCUGUGAAAACAAAAAUGGUGUACUGCAAAAUCGAUCAGACGCAGAAGAAAAUGAUUGUGAGUCACAGCACACACAGGACCUUUGGGAAACAACAAUGGCAGCAGCUAUAUGAUAUUCUCAACACUUGGAAAUCGAACUUAAGCAAAGUUAAAAACAGCCUUCAAAGUAUAUCUGAUGCUUGAACCUUUUUUUAUCCCAUUGUCUUAGCCAAAUUGGAAACUACAUCCACCUCCUUGGAUUUUUUUCUCUCCUUAUAAUGCCUCAAUUUUACACACUUCUUUUCUUUUAUUUGGUCAUUUUCCAGAACUCCAUUUUAACUUGUCAAUUAGAAUUCUUAGCAAAUGACAAGGUCAACUUUAAUAUUGGACUUUGCUUACAAUGAAAAAUUGUUUCUAUACCAUCGAAUAUAAAAGUGUGACACAAA